AUGAGUGACGGAGAAUUGAUGUGGCGAGCAUCUAUGGUACCUCGUAUGAGAGAGAAUCAUUUUAAUCUUACGACAAAAGUUGCAUUCAUGUUCUUAACUAGGGGAAGAUUACCUCUCGCCCCACUAUGGGAGAUGUUCUUUAAAGGACACGAAGGCCUCUUCUCAAUAUACCUUCAUACGUCGCCGGAGUUCACCUAUGAGCCUCCCAAGUCAUCGGUAUUCUACAAGCGUAGGAUACCUAGCAAGCCCGUUCAUUGGGGAAGAUCGACCAUGAUUGAUGGCGAGAGGCGUCUUCUAGCCAAUGCCCUACUCGAUUUCUCUAAUGAAAGAUUUAUACUCCUCUCAGAGGCGUGCAUUCCUCUAUUCAACUUCACAACGAUCUACGACUACCUCAUAAAUUCCAACCAAAGUUUCCUUAGUUCUUUCGAUGAUCCUCGACCCAUAGGCCGUGGUCGAUAUAACAAGCGAAUGUCACCUUCCAUUACAUUAUUCGAUUGGCGAAAGGGCUCCCAAUGGUUCGAAGUUAAUAGAAAACUCGCCAUCGAGAUAGUAUCCGACAUAACAUAUUACCCUAUUUUCAGAAACCAUUGUAUGCCACCAUGCUACAUGGAUGAGCAUUAUUUGCCAACUCUCGUGACUAAAAUUUGUCCUGAUUUAACAUCGAAUUCGACAAUUACAUGGACUGAUUGGUCUGGAGGUGGCUCACACCCCACUAUGUUUACGAGAAAUGAUAUUACAGAAGAGUUUUUAGUUCGAAUUCGCCAUGGAUUUAACUGUAGUUACAAUGGUGGGAUGAGAUCGAUUUGCUUCCUAUUUGCAAGAAAGUUUCAUCCCAAUACUUUACAACCUUUGCUAAGGCUUGCCCCAUCGUUGCUUGGCUUCAAAGCUUAA